GAAAGUGGUAACAGCUGAUUGCAAUAUGCCAAGUUUCCGCGACUGUUGUUGCACAACUAGGGACGCAAACGAAGUAAUCGGUGUACUAAUGGACACCUCGAUCCAUAUAUGAUAGAUUUAUAUAGGUAAAAAUGGACGAUCUUGUCGAUUUAUUUGGCACCACCUCGACAGAAGAGCUACCUGCUUCGCUGCCGCCUGAGGUAGAGGAAGGAAACAUAGAAUAUAAACUGAAACUAGUCAACCCAUCAGACUUUCGAUUAGAACACUUGGUUACCCAAAUGAAAUGGCGAUUAGAGGAGGGACACGGGGAAGCCAUCUACGAAAUAGGAGUGGAGGACAAUGGGAUGUUAGUGGGACUUACAGAUGUGGAGUUAGAGGCUUCAGUACGAACCCUCAAUCGAAUGGCAGACAGAUUAGGGGCCACCACUUCAGUGUUGAGGGAGCGACUAGUGGACAGUGAUGAUGGUGCGGGGUGUCGUAAACGGGCAUUAGAAAUCCUUGUCAGAAAAGUUCCAGAUGACCAGCAGUUUAUUGACCUACGGCUAGCAGUCCUCGGGAAUGUAGAUGCAGGCAAGAGUACACUGUUGGGUGUGCUUACCCAAGGCGAGCUAGACAAUGGAAGAGGGCGUGCUAGACUCAACCUCUUCCAACAUCUACAUGAAAUUCAGUCAGGACGAACCUCAAGCAUCAGUCAUGAAAUCCUUGGAUUUAAUAGUAAAGGAGAGAUUGUAAAUUAUAGUGGAUCUCGAACUGUGGAGGAAAUUUGUGAGAAUUCGUCCAAGCUGAUCACUCUCAUAGACCUUGCUGGGCAUCAUAAAUAUCUGAAGACCACUAUUUUUGGAUUGACUGGUCAUGCCCCAGACUUUGCUAUGUUGGUGGUCAGUGCUAACACUGGAAUGGCUGGAACCACUAAGGAACACCUGGGGUAUGCCCUAGCUCUAAAUGUACCUAUCUUUGUGGUGAUAAGUAAGAUAGACAUGUGUCGGAAAUUCCUGAUGGAGAGGACAGUAUCUCAGCUGGAGAAGAUCUUAAAGUCACCAGGUUGUAAACGAGUUCCACUGCGAAUCAAAACCGAAGAUGAUGCCAUCACAGCCGCGACAAACUUUGACACAGACAGAAUCACUCCAAUAUUCACCAUAUCAAGUGUAACUGGGAAAAGCUUAGAUCUACUAACCACAUUCUUAAAUGUUCUUCCUUCCAUGAAAAAUGUGAAGGAACGAGAAAAAUUAACUCAAGACCUUACAGAGUUUCAGAUUGACACUCUGUUUUCGGUGCCAGGAGUUGGGAGUGUAGUAGGAGGCACCAUACACAGGGGGUCCAUCAAAGAGGGAGAUUGUCUACAACUGGGGCCAUUUGAAGGUGGAGAGUUCCGCCAAGCUGUUGUUAAAACUGUUCACAGAAACCGUCUGCCAUGCCGCUUCAUUCAAGCAGGGCAGACUGCAACUGUAGCUCUGGCCAAUAUGGAGAGGGAGCAUUUACGCAAGGGUAUGGUGCUGGUGAGUCCAGAGAUGAGCGUCAGUGCAUGUGAGGAGUUUGAGGCAGACAUUUAUCUCCUGUAUCACUCCAAACAAAUCACGACUGGAUUUGAGGCCACCAUUCACGUCGGUAGUGUGUGUCAGACAUGUAAAAUCAUCAAGAUUGAAGGGAAGCAAUCUAUCAAAACCAAUGAGAAGGCCCGGGUGAGGUUUAGGUUGAUGAAACAGCCUGAGUACAUGAGAGUUGGAUCACGUCUUCUCUUCCGCCAGGGCACCACCAAAGGCAUGGGGGAAACUGUCAAGACAAUACCAUGGCGAAGUGAAGAGGCCAUGCGGUGAUUCAGGAAUUGUUGGAGUGAAAAUAUAGGUUUUUAAUCAAAUCUUUUUUAGAUAUUAUGAGUGGUCAGUUUCAUAAAUUCAAAAUCAAAUGUAGCAUAGUACAUUUUACCUGGUACAACAUUUCCCAGUUUGGUAUAGUUGACUUUUUUGUGUGUGUCAGGGACCUGUAUGUUAUCACAUACCAGUAAGAUCUUGGUACUAGAUAUUCCUGGGUAAUUUGAUAGAUAACUGGAUUUUGGUGUAUAAUAUAGAUCCAGCACUAAUACCAGUGUUCAUUUACUUUUUAUCUUUUAUAAUUCUUAAGAAUAUCUUAAUUUCAUGAACACCAUUAACAUUUUAUUUUGUUUGCAUGGAAACUAUUAUAAAAUAAUUUUUAGGCAGUUGAAACCAUUCCUUUUAUCACAGUUAUUUGUUAUUGUUUGUAUGCUGUUGUUGUUGUUGUUGACACGUUUUGAAAUUUAAUCUUUACAUAGUUUGCUUCCUUUGUAAGUCACCUUUGUAUAUAGCACUGUCAGUGGUAUGAUGCUCCUGUUUGUCUGGAGUUUUAGAACAAACUAACCGUCAUUCAGGAAGUGAGUCCUCCCCUCAAUGUUACACUAACAAAGUAAAAUCUCUCUUCUCUUAACUUCGAGACAAUUUUAUACCAUGUAUAUUUUAGAUGACCUCUUAUACCAAUGUUUUAUCUUGCCAAGUACUUAAUUAUUUUCCAUAAAUCUUGAUUUUAAAAUGAGUUUUACAGGUGUUUCAUGAUGUAUUGGUUCAUGUUCACAUUUAGAAACAAAACUGUUUUGGAAUAAUUAAAUAUAAGGCACCUGGAUAUGUCUAUUUUUCAAGUUUAGGUUUAGAAAAAAUAAACAGUUAGAUUUUGUUUUAUUUUGUUUUGAGUGAGAGUUGAUAACUGGAUCUCAGAUCAGUUUGGAUGGUGUCAGAACGUGUGCAAUAGGUUAUUAGGUAGAUUAUUGAGCAAAUUUGUACAUAGCUUCCAUAAGUAGACAUGGGUCCUAAAGCAUUGUGGCUGUGAUUUUGUACAUAACAGUUUGCUGAUAUGUUGUAGCUUGUUAUUUGAAUGUGUCGCUGAUGUAAUAUGACAGAUUUGUUUUAAUUUAUUAAAGAUGUUGAUGAAUCUGCAGAUAUGUAUAAUUUAAUCUUCUUGAAGUAUGAAACACUAGUUAACCUACAAGAUCUUACAUCACUGAUAUUGUUUGAUCAUUUUUGAUCGUGUGUUUGGUGUCCUGUUUCGUUUUCUUGCUUAUAGUGCUUUAAUGUAUCUGAAACCAGUCAACGGAGAGAUUUAAUGUCUGUAGAUAAGGUACGACCGAUCUGUUGAGAUUUAGUCAGUAGGCCACGUACGACUGAUCUUUUUGGAUGUAGUUUGUAGACAAAGUAUGGAUGAUUUGUUGAGUCUAUAGACAAAAUGUAUCUAAUUUGUUAAGAGAUUUAAAGUCUGUACACAAAAUGCAUCUUAGUGGUCAAUAUGUUUUGUGAGUAGACAAGAUCUGUCCUGUGGAUUGAGAUUUAGAGUCUUUAACGAGGUAUGACUUACCUGUUGAGAUUUAAUCUGUAGACAAUAUACCCCAGGUAUGACUUACCUGUCGAGAUUUAGUCUGUAGACAAUAUACCCCAGGUAUGACUUACCUGUUGAGAUUUAGUCUAUAGACAAUAUAUCCCAGGUAAGACUUACCUGUUGAGAUUUAGUCUGUAGACAAUAUAUCCCAGGUAUGACUUACCUGUUGAGAUUUAGUCUGUAGACAAUAUACCCCAGGUAUGACUUACCUGUCGAGAUUUAGUCUGCAGACAAUAUAUCCCAGGUAUGACUUACCUGUCGAGAUUUAGUCUGCAGACAAUAUACCCCAGGUAGGACUUACCUGUCGAGAUUUAAUCUGUAGACAAUAUACCCCAGGUAUGACUUACCUGUCGAGAUUUAGUCUGUAGACAAUAUAUCCCAGGUAUGACUUACCUGUUGAGAUU